AUGAAGAAGAAGAAGAAGGGUAAAAGUAUGAACAUUGCAAACAUAAAGGAAGUUAAUCAUUAUUUGAUCACUAAUCUAAAUCUUAUUACAAUUUUUCAAGAUGAACUUACAAGCCAAGCUCAUGUGAGGAGACGACACAAUCAUAAAAUAGACCUUGUCAUUCCCAGUAAUAGCACAAUUCCCUCCCAAGAAGGUGAAAAAAAUAUAUUGUUGUGGAAACUUAAAAAUUUGAAAAAAUUUAAAUAUCUACAAAGGAAGAGGCAAAGGAGGAAAAAUCUCAAUUUUUCAAGACACAGUAUGAACAGAAGCCAUGCAAAAAAUGAAAACAUAAAAAGAAGAAUUUCAUCAACCCAGACGAAUGUAAUUCCUCCAAAUGCACAAAGGAGGAAUGAUUUUGAGGCUACUUGUUAUCUUCUCAUCGACAAAGAAUUCUUCGGGCCUCCCGUUACUGUAACCUGUCACAAUGCUGGAAGCAGUGUAAGAAAGAGCACUAAGAAUUCGUGUGUUCAAAAGGAGGAGAAGCAUUUUCAGAACAGCCCCUUGAAACGUACACAUGCAAAGGGAGAAUGGAAAACUGGCAAGGACAUUGCAAACGGUACAAGUGACAGAAUCGGUAGAAUCAGCAGAAUCGGUAGAAGCAUCAGAGACGGUGGAAACACAUUGAACUCUGAUGGUUGCACUCAGAGGGGAAGAAACGAAAAAAUUGAGAAGGGACAACGCAAGCAAAUUUGCAAAAAAGAAUCAAGGGGCGAUAGAACAAGUGGAAGGAGAAGACGACACACUGGUGAACAUUCCCAAGAUGACCACACUGGUGGAGACGAUUCUCAGCACGACAUGUGGCAAGAUAACGUAAUCGAAAGGAUGCUAACAGGAAAAAGGGCGAUGGCCAUAAGAAAGAAUCUAUACAUAAUAAACAGAAGAGUGGUGUAUCCUAUAAAGUAUUGCCAGUUAAGUCCAAAGAGUUAUUUAUUUUUUUUUAUUAAUCAUAAGAAGAUUCGACAUUUGUGCUUUUACACUUACUGCAGUUUACUUACACCUGAUGGUGUUCUGAAGCAAGGACUUCAAAUAAAAAAAUUGUAUCAUCUUGGAAGUAAAAAAAAAAAAAAAAUAAUAAAAAAAAUUAUUACUAAUGCAUUGGGGAAGAAAAUUCAUUAUGUUGAUGAUAGUGUUCCAAAAAGGGACAUUCACGAGGAGGUAAUAAUCUCUUUUUUGUUAAAAAAUUGCAUUUAUAGAGAUUUGUUGUGGUUAUAUCUUCCCUCCACAAUGUGCAAAGUUGGCAUGAAAAGAAAUAUCAAAAUAAAACACAAAAAUGGAAAAGCAACAUGCUGCAAGGGUGAUAAAAUCAAACCUCCCAUCAAACAGAAUGUCAACACAGAUUCGAAUAGAAGAAGAAUUAUUCUUACUUCCAAUCUGUUACUAUCAAAGGGAGAUGAUAAUAAUACUAGUGACAGAAAAGAAUACGAUAAUGAUUAUGAUUAUGAAAAAAAUACAAGUGCACAUCCUUCGGAACAACUUACUAUCACCAAGCAGUGCAAUAUAAAUGAAAAAAAAAAUAACCCUAAUGCCUCUGAAGGUAUGUGUAAAGCUGAUACUGUAACCAGUUGGGAUAAUUUUCUCUUAAAUAGAACACUGUUGAGGGAUGAAAAUUAUGAAAACACAUUUUUUCUUAAAUCGAGAGAGAAUAACCAACCCUUAAGUCAUAGCAACCAAGUUAAAUUCUACAAAAUGAUGACACAAUGCAAACGUGUAGGAAAUUAUAUUCGUUCGAUAAGUGACAUGUAUUCAGGAAGUGUUAAUCAUUCGAAAAGUUUUAUCCUUUCGAAAAAGUGCACACAUUGGAAGGACACAAAUGGGUUAACUGACAAAUCAGAAGUAGAACUCACAGAGAGGGAUUACCCUUAUGAGAUUACAAAAAAAGAAAAUACAAAACUGAAUGAGAUUCCUGAUGGGAUAGGAGGAACUUCCUUCCGGAAGAGAGGAAAUAAUUUCAGCGAGUAUUGUGUGGUUAACCAAAUGGGCAAGAUGCCAAAAAGGGGAAUAGCGAAGGAGAAAAAAAUUCUGAUGGCCAAACUUCAGAAAUUCGAAAAGGAACUAUUUUUUGUAAACAGAGAGUCGCGACAUGGAACCAAACGAUGGAAGGCAUAUUGUGAAGAGGAAUUUCCCAAGAAAAAUCAAGUUUUGCCAAUUGUGAGACGGAUAACAGAUAUUUACAGUAAAUGGAAAAUAAAAGAAGAGAAAAAAAUUGCCGGAUUUCUGAUUUUUCAUCUCCUUUUUUUUAACAAAAAGUAUAUUUAUUAUAAUGACAAAAGAGAAGAAUCUUCAUCUUCUUUAUUUAAAAAUAGAGUAGUAUCUAGUGAAGAAAGGCUGGAGAAUGAAGUAUUCCCUACGAGCUAUAACUUUGAUCACUCGGGAGAUUACCACAAUUGGUUUUUUAACUCUUUCGAUUAUGUUGGCCAUGUUGAUUUGCCAAGUGGGGGUGACACCGAUUCGUUUGUUCAGGCAUUUUUGAAAAAAAUUGGCAAAACGGAUGGAAAACAAAACGUGGAAGAAUGUUUGGACGAACCCGAAGGAGAGACAUCUCAAGCAAAGGUAGUGCCUCGCGUUAUGGAUAACGGUGCCCAUUUGAAAAAAAGGAACGGUGAGGAAGCAAGGGCAGUAAUGAAUGAAUCUCAGUGCAUAACCAAAGUGUGCGGAAAAAAACCUGAACAAAUGGUGUUCCAGAACUUGAAAGAUAAAAUACUAAGAAAAGAAAAACAGAUAAAUGAUAUUUUUGAACACAUGAGCAGACAUGCUAUCAGAAUAAGCAAGAAUAUAAAAUUAUCAAACAUAAGUAGAUAUGAUGAUUAUCCUUUCGAUUUCUCAUAUAAUGAGAAGGUGGACUCGUCAAAUACCAAUUCAGUGCCAACAAUAGAAGAAAUAAAAAUGAUUAAUACAAUAUUGAACACAAGAUUGACAAAAUUAAAUGAAGAGGAAAAAAAAUGUCUUUGGAAGUUUCGCUUUCAAUUAGUUAAUAGAGAAGAAGCAUUAGGAAAAUUUUUGAAAAGUGUUAACUGGGAUAAUGAAAUAGAAAAAGAAGAGGCAACUUAUUUAUUAUAUAAGUGGUCAAAACCAAGUUUGGAAAAUUGUCUUGAGUUGUUAAACAUGAAUUUACAUCAUCGAGAAAUUAAAAAAUAUAUUAUUAAUAUAAUUAAUGAAACCAAAAAAGAUCAGAUAAAAUUAUACCUCUUCCAACUAGUACAAUGUUUGCGAACUUUUAAUUAUGAACAAAUUGAUCAUUUGUUUAUGAACACGUUAAUAAAUAAAUGUGUCGUGUCUAAGAAAUUGUCAAUUUAUUUGCACUGGUUUCUUUUAAGUGAAACAAAAGAUAAAGCAAAAGGAAAUUUGUACAUUCAUAUCCACAAAUUAUUCAUCAACAAAUUAAUGACGUCCAAUUUAAAAAAAAAUAAAAAAAUUCUAGAUAUUCUCAAAAACCAAAACCGAUUUAGAAAUCAAUUGUUAUAUCUCACCAAAAUUUCGAAAAGGAAAUCAGAUCGUAUACAAAACAAAACAAAGAAAUUAAGACAAUUCUUAUUCUAUUAUAGACAAAAUUAUGGAUGCAUAGUUAUUAAAGAGUUUAUAAAAAAUAACAUUUUUCUUACAGAUAAUGAUAUUUAUGAUUUUGUCUCCUUGUCCAUUGCGAGGAGUAGCCCGAAGGCACCCGAUGGGGGACAAGAAGGCAACUCCAUCAUAACAGAUAAGCAGAAUGACGAGGUGAGUGAUAACAGAACUGAUAAGACAACCGAUAAGAGAACUGAUAAGAGAACUGAUAAGAGAACCGAUAGGAAAACCGAUAAGGAAACUGAUAAGUCUAGAAAUAGAUCUAACGAAGAAUCGAAGGAUGAAGUACAAAGUCUGUGUGACACGAGAAAUUCCAUUUACUAUCUAAACAGAGAACUGGCCAUCGUUUUCAAUCCAGAGGAAGAUCUGUACUGCUUCCAGUACGACCCGAGCGUACAUACAUAUUCACAGAACCUGAGUUCCAAUAUGAGCAAUGACUCUAGCAAAACUAUAACGUACAUUGAUGAUUCGAAGGGAUCUAAAAUUGAAAGAAAUAGAGACAUUUCUUUUUUUUCCAAUUUGUUGCAGUUUAAUGAAAACUUUGAUUUUUUUCUUAGCACGGCGUACAGCGAUGAGGAUAAUAACAUCGACAUUUUGGAUGAUUCCAUAAGUAUUGUUAGGGAACAGAAAAUAAAAAAAAUUCAUACACCGUUAAUUUUGCCCAUUGACCCAGAUAUAGAAUUUUUAAGUUUUUUACCUGAACAGUCAUACGUUUUACGUUCUUCCUUAUAUCCAAUUGUUAUAGCUUGUUUAGUCAGAAAAAAAAUAAAACUUGCACAUGAAAAUUUUCACAAUUUGAUAAUUAAUAAACAAAAAUAUUUAAAGAAAAACAUAAAAAAAAAAAAAAACUAUUCUGUAUAUCAUUCGUUUAACUCAAAAUUUAUUAAAGCUUUGUACACCUCCUUUGAUUACGCAAGUGAUUUUGAAUAUCAUUACAAAAAUGUAAAAUUCCAUGGAAACAAUAUCUUUUACAAAUCUAGAAAGAUAGAAAAGGUAGGGAUAUCAAAUAGCGGGGCACCCCGUCCCAGUAACGGAGCGCCCACAGGCGAGAUAAAGGAAGAAAAGGGAGAAACAAAAGGAGAAGCAAAAGGAGAAGCAAAAGGAGAAGCAAAAGGAGAGGCAAAAGGAGAAGCAAAAGGAGAAACAAAAGGAGAAGCAAAAGGAGAAGCAAAAGGAGAAGCAAAAGGAGAAGCAAAAGUAGAAGCAAAAGGAGAAGAAAAAGGAAAAAAAUAUAUAUAUGACCAACGAGGGCCGACAUAUAACAAUGUUUCGAAAGGAUGGUCAUCAGGAAAUUUUUUAACUUCAUCUUCUCAAAAAGGGGUUACAAGUGAAGAAGCAGAGGGAAUGAUGAGAGUUAUGAAUAUUGCUGAAGGAAUUGGCUCGAAAGAAGUUCGACAGAGUGGGUGUGGUCAGAGGGAGACGAAAAAGGAGUGGCCAAAGAUGAGGAAGCCGAAUGAGAAGAAUGAUUCAGAAGAACGAUUCCUCGAUAGGGAACAUCCAAGUAGGGAAGAAGGAAAUAGAAUCGUGAUAGAAAAGGGAGGAGGCAUAGUAAUACAACAUGAAAGGAAAAGUAAGAAAGAAAAGCAUAAAAAAUGCAUAAAAAGAUAUAACGAAAUAUAUGAACUGUCCAUAAAAAAGUAUAUUUACAAAGCAGGGGAUGAUCUGAGACAAGAUCAUUUGGUCAUACAAAUAAUAUACAUUAUAGAUAAUAUAUGGAAACGGUAUGGACUGAACUUAAAAUUAACUCUUUACAAAGUUUUAUCUCUGUCAACAGAUGAUGGAUUUAUUGAGUUUGUUGAUAAUGCUGAAUCUAUUUCAUCUAUUAAGAAAAAUUAUAAAGGAGAAAUUAGACAAUAUUUUAUUGAAAACAGUACCGAUCCGAAUUCACCUCUAGGUUUUGAUCCAAACAUUUUAGAAAAUUUUAUUUCAAGUUGUGCAGGAUAUAGUGUUAUAACAUAUUUGCUAGGUAUAGGAGAUAGACAUUUAGACAACCUUAUGGUCUCACCAGAUGGAUGUUUUUUUCACAUCGAUUUUGGAUACAUAUUUGGAGAAGAUCCUAAGCCUUUUUCUCCUCCCAUGAAAUUAUGUAAAGAAAUGAUUGAAGCCAUGGGAGGGGCCCAUAGUAUCGGUUAUGAAAAAUUUUUAAAAAAGUGUUGUUUAGCAUAUAAAUACUUACGAUAUCAUUCCAAGUUAAUCAUUAGCUUACUUGAUUCCAUGUGUGAAUCAGGACUUAAGGAUAUGAAAAUGAGCCCCCAGUUGUGUGUACAGAAAGUUCAGGAAAAGUUCAAACUGGACUUAAAUGACGAGGCAGCCGAGAUUUAUUUUUUAGGUGUUAUUAAUGCAUCUGUCAAAACGCUUUUCCCUGUUGUGGUGGACAAGCUUCACGAGUGGGCUGUCAACUGGAAGUGA